AUGAAACGAAGAGAACGUAGCUGGAUGUAUGAAAGGAAGGUUGGGCUUUCUAUUAAUCCAGAGUUCGUGAAAGGGGUUGAUGAAUUCAUUCAGUACGUCAAAGAUCAUCUCGAGAGUAGUAACCCAAAUGAAGUUAGGUGUCCAUGUUUUAAAUGUAAGAACAAACGACUUUGGGAUGCGAAAACGGUUACAAUUCAUUUGUUUCGCAAGGGUUUUCUACCUAAUUACUAUGAGUGGAUGUGUCAUGGGGAAGGGUUUCUAGGAGUUCUUGAAGGGCGGUCCAACAAAUAUUGUGAAAUGGUUUUCGAUGCUUUUGGUCAUACUCAAGACCAAGGGCAUUCAGAGGAGGAGCCUAAUGCACAAGCUAAUCAUUUUCUAGAUUUGUUGAAGGCUUCUAAACAACCAUUAUACGAAGGGAGUUCAUUGUCUGUGUUAGAGAUGACUGCUAGAAUUACUAGUCUAAAUGAAGCGAUUCCUAACAACAACCAUAUGGCCGACACAUUCUAUGAGGUGAAGAAGAUUGUGAAGGGCUUGGAGCUGCCUCAUGAAAAGAUUCAUGCAUGCCCGAAAGGAUGUAUGUUGUUUUGGAAGGAUGAUGCUCAGAUAUCUACAUGUAGGGUGUGUGGCAGCGACCGAUACAAGAAGACUUCUAAAGGUAGCUUAGUGCCUUUGAAUGUUUUAUUUUAUUUCCCGAUCACACCAAGGUUGCAAAGGCUCUUUGUAACCAAGAACAUUUCAGAGGAAAUGACAUGGCAUUCGAAAAACCCUCGAGUACAAGGCACAAUGGCACACCCUAGUGAUAGUGAAGCUUGGAAACACCUCGAUAGUUGCUUUCCAGAGUUUGCCUCCGAGCCUCGUAAUGUUCGACUUGGCUUGUGUACAGAUGGUUUUUCUCCUCAUGGUAAGUUUGGGGGACAAUAUUCUUGUUGGCCUGUCAUUUUAACCCCUUAUAACUUGCCUCCAUCAAUGUGUAUGAAAAGACAAUUCAUGUUCCUUUCGUUGCUCGUUCCUAGUCCUAAAAAUCCUAAGGGAAACUUGGAUGUGUACAUGCAACCGUUGAUAGAAGAAUUAAAACAAUUAUGGGAAGUUGGCGCAAAUACUUGCGAUAUUUCGAGGAAACAGAAUUUCAAUCUUCGAGCAGCCAUCCUAUGGACCGUUAGUGACUUCCCGGCUUAUGGUAUGUUGUCUGGUUGGACCACAUCUGGUAAGAAGGCUUGUCCAUAUUUCAUGGAGAAAAGCAAAGCAUUUUGGCUCGAACAUGGUGGUAAAGUUUCUUGGUUUGAUUGCCACCGCCAAUUCCUUUCCACGAAUCACCCUUUACGGAAUAGUAGAACUGCAUUUUGUAAAAACAAAGUCGAUAAAGGUGCACCUCCACACAUCAUGUCAGGAGAAGAACUGUGGGGAUGUGUGAAAGACCUUCUGAAGGCUAUAGAUUGGCCCGAGGCACUUAAAACGCCUCAAAAAGGGGUGGUUCAAGCAAAACACACUGUGGGAGCUUCCAUAUUGGAAAACUUCUUUGAUCAGUUAAUUCACACUAUAAUGAAUGUGAAAAGGCAUACAUGUGACACGCCAUCGGCUCGAAAUGACAUUGUCAAAUAUUGUAAACGGCCGCAGCUUCAUCUUCAGGAGGAUGAUAGAGGAAAAGAGUUCAUGCCAAAGGCUCCAUUCGCUCUUGACAAGGCUUAG